CCACAGAUCGAAGUUAUACUAAUCUCGUUAGACUUAUCAUCAUUGAUGAAAUACAUUUGCUUCAUGACGAUCGUGGUCCGGUUAUAGAAAGUAUUGUUUCCCGAACUAUUCGUCACAUGGAGCAAACACAAGAAAUAAUUCGGUUAGUGGGUCUUUCGGCAACGCUACCUAAUUACGCUGAUGUAGCCAGUUUUUUACGUGUAAAUCCAGAAAAAGGCUUGUUUCACUUUGAUAGUACUUUUCGACCAUGUCCUUUAAAGCAAGAAUUCAUUGGAGUGACUGAAAAAAAGGCUAUCAAAAGAUUUCAGGUUAUGAAUGAAGUAACUUAUACUAAGGUUAUGGAUCAAGCUGGUAAAAACCAAGUGUUAAUAUUUGUACAUUCACGUAAAGAAACUGCAAAAACUGCAAAAACAGUUAGAGACAUGGCAUUGGAGAAAAAUACUAUCGGCCAAUUUCUACGAGAAGAUUCAGCUAGUCGCGAAAUUUUACAAACUGAGUCAGCAACUGUCAAAGACGCAAAUCUUCAGGACUUAUUACCUUACGGAUUUGCGAUUCAUCAUGCCGGUAUGACAAGAGCAGAUAGAACUUUGGUAGAAGAACUAUUUGCAGAUGGACACAUCCAAGUUCUUGUUUCUACUGCUACUCUGGCUUGGGGUGUAAAUUUACCUGCACAUUCGGUCAUCAUAAAGGGUACACAAAUAUAUUCACCUGAAAAAGGUCGUUGGGUUGAAUUAAGUCCACAAGAUGUACUUCAAAUGUUGGGUCGGUCCGGUCGUCCUCAAUUUGAUACGUUUG